AUGUUGAACCCGCCGCUUUCUCUCCUCUCAUACGAUUUGCUUGCUUACAUCGUCGAACAUAUCUCAACCCUCCGGGAUGAACGACUCCAUAAUCUCUCCCUUACGGAUCGGGCAUUUACCCACUUAUGCCAAACAUACAUCUUCCGGAGCCUCAAGCUGGGCACAGGUUCGGCAACCAAGAGAAAGAUAGGGAGGAAGCUAGCAAAAAUGAAAAAGAUUUUAAACGACAAGCCUUCGUUCGCCAACUGUGUACGUGUGAUUCAUAUUGAUGUCUUGCACGAACGAAAUGGAUGGCUUCUCAACGAUCCCACCCUCAUCAACAUCCUCCAACUGCUCGCCAAGUCGCCGAUGCCACCACAUGAACUUCGCUUCGGCGGACCUAUGUCCUGUCCAUUAACAAUCGAGGACCCCUUACUAUUCGUGGGACGGCUCACGCAAUCAUUCUUUUCGCAAACCCUGACUACCCUCCACCUCACCGAAUGCAAGAACGUGCCAUUGCCUCUUUUCCUCAUCUGCCCCAAGUUGAGAAGAGUACGCCUUGACCACGUGGGAGUCACUGAGGAGAGCUACGAUGAAUAUCCAGGGGAAUAUUGCUCUAGCCGAGACCGAACAUUGCCAACACUGGAAGUUUUCGACUACCGCGACUCGCACAGCCUCGUCAAACAGAUGAUCGCAUCACCGCCUAGGUUUCAUACGCCAGUGGUCCUUUGGUCAAAGCUACGCGUUCUGACCCUAUCCCCGCACGAGGAGAAAGAAAUGGCUUGCUUGCAACCUAUCCUCGAUGCAACUUCUGAUACUCUGGAGGAACUGUAUCUUACUAGCUUACACGUGGGUGAACGUAAACAACUCCCACUUGCUGGACUUUUGAACCCCAAAGAUCUUUCACGCCUGCGCGUAUUUGCGCUUUACGCCAUUAUCAAAAAAUUCAAUGAAAAAGAGUCCGGUGCUCUCCGCGAUAUCAAUAUUGUCCUCAGUAAGAUAUCUGCAUCCAAUCAAAUCACGAACCUCUCAUUCGACUUUUCCAUCUCCGGCAAGCACCCUUUUGGUGGCUGUCUUGAACAAGAUUGGGUCGGAUUACGUGACGAAAUCAUACGCAUUUCUGCAGGAAAGCCGCUCGAGUUGGAGUUAGAGACGACGGUGUCUUUGAAGAGCUUUCAGUCCCCAGACGUUGGAGAUGGCACAAUAUACAAGCGCAUUGCGGAGACGACAGCAUCCCUUUCAGACUUUCCGAGCAUUUGUGCCCACUUUUGGAACCCAACUUGUUGGUCUAGUGGGCUCGCUCCAUUCCCUCGCGGCCAAGUGCGCAGUAGAUGUAGACGGAUCUGUUUACAGAAGCUGACCCAGUCUUGCAUUUUUACAAAUGCCGCAUCUUCAUAUCCACUGGAUGACUUGUUUGCUCACUUGUUAUACCGAGAACAUGGUUUUGCGCAAGCAGGGCCUUGAGGAUGUUUGGUGAGCUCAUUGGACGUGCUUUCUGAAGCCUCUUGAAGAACUUGCCAGAGAGUUGAGUGUCCGUCUGAUGGAUACCUUUUUUGAGUACAACUUUGUAAAGCAGCUUUCUAUAGAAACAAACGGAUGAAUCUUGGCUUCAU